AUGGGACUAGUUGAGACAAGGUUUAUUCAUUGUGAAGCGGAAGAACCAAUUAGUCAGAAGAAAUGGCUCUUCACUGUGGUAUAUGCAUAUAAUGAAUUGAACCCAAGGCAGCAGCUCUGGGAGAAGCUUAUUGGUAUAGGUUCUAAUAUUACAAGUGGCUGGCUAAUUAGUGGAGAUUUUAACAAUGUCUUACAAGUAGAUGACAAAAUUGGAGCUCCUGUAAUACAUGCAGAGGUACAAGGCUUUAAGAAAUUCCUGGAUAGACUGCAAUUCACUCCUUUGAAAGCACAGGAUGAAUUUUUGAACCCUGGUGUCUCUGAUCACUCUCCUAUACUGAUGAAUUGCAUGUUUGGUAUGAUUCAACAACACUUGCAUCCUAGACCGUUUAGAUUGUACCGUAUUGUCCUUCACCAUCCUGAAUUUACAAGAAUAGUGAAAGAAGUAUGGGCACAAAAUGAUAGAGGAAAACAUAUAGAACAAGAAAAGGAAGCUCUGUUAGAAGUGGAGAAAUGGAGUGACAUUGAUGAACAGGUGUUGAGGCAAAAAUCUAGAGCUAUUUGGAUCCAACAUGGAGAUGCAAACACCAAGUACUUCCAUGCUCAAUGGAAGAUGCGCACUAAUACUAAUGCUAUUAUUUCUAUUCAAAAUGAUGCAGGUAUUAAAUUAACAGAACCUAAACAGGUGGAGGAGCAGUUUCUGGAUUUCUUUAAGAAAUUGAUGGGAAAGCUCCCAAAGGCUAUAAAUAACAUUGCUAUUACUAUAAUUCCUAAAGUUCCUAAUCCUACACAGGUUAAGGAUUUUAGGCCAACAGCAUGUUGUACAACUAUUUACAAAAUUAUCACAAAGAUCAUCACAGGCAGACUAAAGGCAGUAAUGAACUAUCUGGUGGGGGAUUCUCAAUCAACCUUUAUUGAAGGAAGGAAUAUAACUGAUAGUAUACUCUUCACUCAUGAACUAUUCAAAGGUUAUACUAGGAAAGGAAUAUCUAGCUCAUUUGAAGUCAAUCAAAUUACUGCAGGAUGGAAUCUGAAAUUUUUAAGAGCUUCAGGUCUUCAAGCAAAUCCAGAUAAAAGUUCAGUUUACCUUGCAGGUAUAAAUGAGAGGAUGAAAGAACUUAUCUUGCAAGAAUUGGGAUAUAAUGAAGUGAUAUUUGGAAUGCAAUCUUAUUGGGCUCAAGUAUUUUUAUUGCCAAAGAAGAUUAGCAAGAUGAUAGAAGCAAUAUGUAGAACUUAUCGUUGGACAUGUCAGGCUGAUAUAUCUAGAAGAGCUUUGGUAGCAUGGGACAAAAUUUGUUUACCACAAACAAUGGGAGGCUUGAAUGUGAUAAAUCUCUGUAACUGGAACAAAGCUGCAAUAGUGAAGCACUUGUGGGCAAUCACAAAGAAGAAAGACUGUUUAUGGAUAAGAUGGGUCCAUUCUUAUUACAUAAAGAACAGGAGCAUUGACAUCAUGCCUAUACCUAAGAGUGCAGCUUGGGUUGUAAGGAAAAUUAUUGAACAAAGGAAUUUAAUACUAAAUUUACCAAGCUUACAAGGCAAUAUACAUGAAAGACUGGAAUCCUUACAGAACACAAGUGGUGGAUUCAGUAUUAAGAAGCUCUACAACUUGCAAACUCCUCAGGGUCAGAAGGUUUACUGGAAAAGUCUGAUUCUACAUCCUCAUAUACAUCCUAGACACAAGUUCAACUUGUGGCUGGCAAUACAAAGGAGAUUACCAACAGUUGAUCGACUGCAGAAGAUGGGUGUUCAAGUAGCUCAAUUAUGUGUGUUAUGUGGUCAGGAAGAUGAGUUAUUUGAACAUUUAUUCUUUGAAUGUUCAUACACAAACACUAUAUGGAAGAGAUUACUAAACUGGUUGGGAAUUCAAAGACAGAUUCAAGCUUGGGAGGAGGAGUUGCACUGGGUGGCUAAUUAUGCUAGGAAGAAGAAAGGAAUUGGCAAUAUUAUUGUAGCAGUGUUUGGCAUGUUGAUGUACAGUUUAUGGAGGGACAAGAAUAUGAUCAGAUUUCAAAAUGGGAGCACUUCAGCAGAGCAGAUAUGUCGAGAGAUCACUACAUAUAUACAUAUCAUCUACACAGUAAUUGGUAGAAUCACAUGGAAGCCUUGA